AUGGACCAACAGAGAGGAAUCAUUUGCUCUGGCAAGCCUACAGUCGAAACAACCCUGUCCUCUUCAGCCGCUCUACCCCAUUACCAGUACCCCCCUCUAAGAAGCCUUGGUACAGUCCGGAUCCUCUCUUUAGAGCCUGGUCAAUCUGAAAGUCCACUGCGGGGAACUUUGGAAGAAGCUCACGUCAAUACUCUCAAAGACUACGAAGCACUGUCAUACGUCUGGGCAGAUCCAGGUCCAUCUGACAGACCACAUGAGAUCAUCAUUCGUGAAAAUAACCAGGAUGCUCUGCUGCCACUUAGAGGAGGUUCCAUCUUUGCAGCAUUGCUCCAGAUGCGACUUCCGGAUCAGAAGAGGCGAGUUUGGGCUGAUCAAUGCUGCAUCAAUCAAGAUGAUCUUGACGAGAGAAGUAAUCAAGUCCAUUCAAUGGGCAGGAUUUAUGAAAACGCGACUAGGAUCCGGGUAUGGCUUGGCUUAGACACCAACAAGGAAGCAGAGUCGGCUUUCGAUUUGAUUCAUAAGCUUGAUGAAGCUCUGAGCGCUGAUGACUCGCAACCCCAUCACUUCAUAACAAAGAACCUGGAGAGGCAAAUACGGCAGCAUGAUAAGGUACUGCAGGCUUUAACAAGCCGUCCAUGGUUUAAGAGAGGUUGGGUUGUACAAGAGAUUGGAACAGAAACUCCAGCCACCAUGAUCUGGGGCAAUCACAGCAUCGACUGGAAUACUAUAGCCAGCGUAUGUCAGAAGCUCAAAGGCUAUCAUCAACUCCGCAGCACACUCGGCAUCACUACUUCGGAUAUAUCAUUCCUCCACCGACGAUUUAUACCACCCGACAAGACAACGCACCACGCCAAUCGAUACAACUUCAUAUACGAGCUACAACGAUCCCGCCACUUGCAGUUCACUGAUCAGAGGGAUCGGGUGUUUGCUUUUCUGAGUCACUUCUCAACUCGGUCGCUUCCACCUCUAGGCUGUGGGCCGAUAUCAAUCGUGGCAGACUAUACACUGUCUGUUGAAGAGACUUACAUCAACAUCGCUGUAAGGAUACUGCGAGAUCGCCCGGAGGCGGCGUGCAUUACUCUUUCGGCGGUGCAGCAUCCUAAGAACAGUCUACCUUCUCGUCACGAUGAUGUAAAAAGUAUGAAGCUGCCUUCAUGGGUUCCCGACUGGAGAUGGUCGGAGGGAAUCAUCCUAGCUGAGCCAAUAUGUCCCCACCGAGCUCAUGGUAACUCUACCGUCAAGAUGAAACUCCUCGAGAAUGACAGGAUUCUACAGAUACAUGGCAUCAGUAUUGAUACUAUUGAGCAAUGUUCCAGGCCAAUGCUUUCGAGCGACUUUUAUGGAAAGGCCAGCCUGGUAGAACACCUCUGGCGGGAUAUAUGCCGAAAUACAAGCUUCAACCUUGUUGACAAGUACUGGAAUGGACAUUCUGCUUUCUUUGCGCUGAUGCAGACGCUCAGCAACGGGUAUGGUUGCAAAUGGCAGCAAAGUUCAUAG